UGUUCUCUAAUUUUCUUUACUUUCUCGAUUUAUUUAUAUAUUUAACAGGAAACUUCAAAGUUGAACCGAAAUGAUUAAUUUUCGGAGGUGGAUUUUAGUGUAAAUAAGUCAAAUGAAUAUCUGCUAGGUCUGUAAAGUAAUAAUACAAUGGAAGAAGAAGAAGAAAAGAAGUUUGGUGAAACUUCUGUAAGGGGUUCGGAUACUCCUGAAGUAGCUUCUGUUGUGGAGGAUAGGAUAGGAAGAUCUUAUCAGCAGAAUGUUAAUGUUACAGAUGGUGAGGAAGCUAUUGUACGAAAUGAUAAUGCAGUUCCACAAGGGGCUCAUUCUGCAUCUCUGAUUGGGGAUGAGGACCAAUUUGAGCCUGUAUCUUUAGAAAAUCAAGAUAAAGCUGCCGGGGAGUCUCAUGGUGGUCAUGUGGAUUCGAAUCGAUCCUCAAAUUCAGACUAUGAGAGAGGCUCAUCUGGCGGGGUUGAGGAAUACUCUGAACAUCUAACAAGGACAUAUGGGAAGGAGUAUGAUUCUUCCUCAAUGCCUGAACCAUGGCAUGAUCGUUCUACUUCAAGCCCUGGACCUGAAAGACAAACAGAUUAUACCAUUAAGCAGUCAAGCUCGGCAACUAGUCUUGAUUCUGCCUUUUAUGCAGAUUCUGUAUACUCUCCCCUUGGUUCACCAAUAAUUCCUAAGGCAAAAGCUGCUAUGCCAAAUGUGUCUCCUGAGUUAUUGCAUUUAGUAGAUUCUGCCAUUAUGGGGAAGCCUGAAAGCUUGGACAAGCUGAAGAAUAUUGUAAGUGGGGCUGAGACUUUUGGAAGCGGGGAGGAUAUGGAGAGUAUUCCUUUCUUGGUUGUUGAUUCACUUAUUGCCACAAUGGGUGGAGUUGAAAGUUUUGAAGAGGAUGAGGACAACAAUCCUCCUAGUGUGAUGCUAAACUCUCGGGCUGCAAUCGUGGCAGGCGAGCUUAUUCCUUGGCUUCCCUGGGAAGGAGAUAGUGACAUUCUCAUGUCUGCCAGGACACGGAUGGUUAGAGGCUUGCUUGCUAUAUUACGAGCCUGUACGAGAAACAGGGCAAUGUGCUCUAUGGCUGGUUUACUAGGAGUUCUUUUAAGGUCAGCUGAGAAUAUUUUUGCUCAGGAUGUUGGCUCAACGGAGCAGAUGAAAUGGGAUGGAACUCCCUUAUGCUAUUGCAUCCAACAUUUGGCAGGGCAUUCACUUAGUGUCAUUGAUUUACAUAAAUGGUUUCAGGUCAUUACAGGAACACUUACUACUGCUUGGUCGCCACGCUUAAUGCUUGCAUUUGAGAAGGCAGUGAGUGGGAGAGAGUUGAAGGGACCAGCUUGCACUUUUGAAUUUGAUGGUGAAAGCUCUGGUUUGCUUGGUCCUGGGGAAAGUCGUUGGCCAUUUAGCAAUGGAUAUGCCUUUGCAACGUGGAUCUACAUUGAAUCAUUUGCAGAUACAUUAAAUGCAGCAACUGCUGCCGCUGCAAUUGCUGUUGCCGCAGCAGCCAAGUCAGGAAAAUCAUCAGCCAUGUCUGCUGCUGCUGCUGCAAGUGCACUUGCUGGUGAAGGCACUGCGCACAUGCCUCGUUUAUUUAGUUUCUUAUCUGCUGAUAAUCAGGGGAUAGAGGCUUAUUUUCAUGCACAGUUUUUAGUGGUUGAAAGUGGGAGUGGAAAAGGAAAGAAGGCUUCUUUACAUUUUACUCAUGCAUUCAAGCCUCAAUGCUGGUAUUUUAUUGGUUUGGAGCAUGUAUGCAGGCAGGGACUUAUUGGGAAAGCAGAGAGUGAAUUGAGAUUAUAUAUUGAUGGAUCAUUGUAUGAAAGUCGUCCUUUUGAGUUUCCUCGCAUCUCCAAGCCGCUUGCAUUUUGUUGCAUUGGGACAAACCCCCCUCCUACAAUGGCUGGGUUACAACGCCGUCGUCGUCAGUGCCCUUUAUUCGCUGAAAUGGGCCCAGUAUAUAUAUUUAAGGAACCAAUUGGGCCAGAAAGAAUGGCACGUAUGGCUUCUAGGGGAGGAGAUGUGCUGCCUUCUUUUGGUAAUGGUGCAGGACUUCCUUGGCUAGCCACUAACGAUUAUGUGCAAAGAAUGGCAGAGGAAAGUUCUCUAUUGGAUGCAGAAAUUGGAGGUUGCAUUCACCUACUCUACCACCCCUGCCUGCUUAGUGGGCGAUUCUGCCCAGAUGCUUCUCCAUCUGGUGCUGCAGGUAUGCUGCGCAGACCUGCUGAGGUUCUUGGGCAAGUCCAUGUUGCAACACGGAUGAGACCUGUGGAGGCUCUCUGGGCUUUAGCUUAUGGAGGUCCGAUGUCUUUACUUCCUCUGGCAGUCAGCAAUGUGCGUAAAGAUAGCCUGGAACCUGAACAGGGUAGUCUUCCGUUGUCUUUGGCUACAGCUACUCUUGCUGCGCCAAUAUUCAGAAUUAUUUCAUUUGCUAUCCAUCACCCUGGGAACAAUGAAGAGCUAUGUCGUACGAGGGGACCUGAGAUUCUGUCAAGAAUCUUAAACUAUCUUUUACAAACUUUGUCUUCUUUUGGUCCUGGAAAGCAUAAUGGCGUGGGAGAUGAGGAGCUUGUUGCAGCUGUUGUUUCCUUAUGUCAAUCUCAGAAGCAUGAUCAUGCACUUAAAGUUCAGCUUUUCAGUACACUACUUUUGGAUCUUAAAAUUUGGAGUUUGUGCAGCUAUGGGCUCCAAAAGAAACUCCUAUCAUCUGUUGCAGAUAUGGUCUUCACAGAGUCAUCAGUCAUGCGAGAUGCCAAUGCUAUGCAGAUGCUUCUUGAUGGCUGCAGAAGGUGCUAUUGGACAAUUCGUGAAAAGGACUCCCUUGAUACUUUUUCCCUAAAUGAUGAUAUUCGCCCAAUGGGUGAAGUGAAUGCUUUGGUUGAUGAGCUCUUAGUUGUCAUUGAACUUCUAAUAGGAGCAGCACCACCUUCAUUGGCUGCAGAUGAUGUCCGUCGUUUACUUGGAUUCAUGGUUGAUUGCCCACAACCUAACCAGGUUUGCAGGGUGUUACAUUUGAUGUACAGGCUAGUGGUUCAACCAAAUACGGCCCGAGCUCAAACAUUUGCAGAGGCAUUCAUGGGUUCUGGUGGGAUAGAAACACUUCUUGUCCUCCUGCAACAAGAAGCUAAAGCCGGAGAUCACCACAUUCCUGAAACUAGCUCUAAGCCUGAUGAAAGCUUGUCUGUUCGAAGAUCUGAACCAGAACUAGAUAGUGGUGGUAGGGAUUCAGAAGGAAUUCAGGAUGGAGGAUCUCCAAAGGAGAGGGAUCAAAUUUUGCAAAAGAAAAAUUUUGAAUCUCAACCUCUUGAUAGUAGUAGUGGCCUUGUGGACAUUUCUCCUAUAGUGAAAAUGGAAAGGAUGUCUUCUGUUUCUGAAAAUUCUUUUAUGAAGAAUUUGGGUGGAAUAAGUCUUUCCAUUAGUGCUGACAAUGCAAGGAAUAAUGUUUAUAAUGUUGACAAAAGUGAUGGAAUUGUUGUUGGGAUCAUUGGGCUUUUAGGUGCUUUAGUAGCAUGUGGGCAUCUGAAAUUUGGUUCGCAUGUGUCCUCGGAGAUGACAAGCAGCCUUUUUGGUGGUGCACUAAAUGAUGCAGGUGGCAGUAUGUUUGAAGAUAAAGUUUCUCUUCUGCUUUUUGCUUUGCAGAAGGCUUUCCAGGCUGCUCCUAAUAGGCUUAUGACGAGCAAUGUCUACACAGCUUUAUUGGGGGCCUCGAUCAAUGCUUCUUCAACAGAGGAUGGGUUGAAUUUUUAUGAUUCUGGUCAUCGUUUUGAACAUUUACAACUUUUGUUGGUUUUGUUGCGUUCACUACCAUGUGCAUCUAGAGCUUUCCAAAGCCGGGCACUACAGGAUCUUCUGAUUUUGGCUUGCAGUCAUCCAGAAAAUAGAAGCAGUCUAACAAAAAUGGAGGAAUGGCCUGAGUGGAUAUUGGAGGUUCUUAUCUCUAACCAUGAGUUGGAUGCAAGAAAACAGUCUAAUUCUGCAAGCUUAUGGGACCUAGAGGACCUCGUACACAAUUUCCUGGUAAUUAUGUUGGAGCAUUCAAUGCGCCAAAAGGAUGGAUGGAAGGAUAUUGAAGCUACAAUUCAUUGUGCAGAAUGGCUCUCUAUCGUUGGUGGAUCUAGCACUGGGGAUCAGAGAGUUAGGCGUGAAGAAUCUUUGCCAAUAUUCAAGAGAAGGCUCUUGGGUGGUUUGCUGGACUUUGCUGCCAGAGAACUGCAGGCUCAGACUCAAGUUAUUGCUGCUGCUGCCGCUGGGGUUGCAGCAGAAGGUUUGUCCCCAAAGGAUGCUAAGGUAGAAGCAGAGAAUGCUGCACAGCUUUCCGUGUUUUUGGUAGAGAAUGCAAUUGUCAUUUUAAUGCUUGUUGAAGAUCAUUUACGGUUACAAAGUAAACUUUCUUGUGCAUCACACAAAGCCGAAGGCAAAGCAUCUCCUCUUUCUCUUGCAUCUCCCCCAAAUACUCACUCAAAUUCAACGGCAUCAAUUGGUAGAGAAUCAUUUGAAGCAGUGGAUGAUAGUGGAUCUGGCAAUUCUGGCGGACUCGCUCUGGAUGUCCUUGCUUCAAUGGCUGAUGCAAAUGGGCAGAUUUCUGCAACAGUUAUGGAACGGCUUACUGCUGCUGCUGCUGCUGAGCCUUAUGAUUCUGUUUCCUCUGCUUUUGUGUCAUACGGGAGUUGUGCUAUGGAUAUAGCUGAGGGUUGGAAAUACAGGAGCCGGUUAUGGUACGGUGUUGGCCUUCCUUCAAAAUCAGCUUGCAUUGGUGGUGGUGGCAGUGGCUGGGAGUCAUGGAAUGCUGCUUUGCAAAAAGAUGCUAAUGGAAACUGGAUUGAACUUCCUCUAGUGAAGAAGUCUGUAAGCAUGCUCCAAGCUUUAUUGUUAGAUGAUUCUGGACUUGGUGGCGGUCUUGGUAUUGGUGGUGGAUCAGGUACUGGGAUGGGAGGAAUGGCAGCACUUUACCAGUUACUGGACAGUGACCAACCAUUUUUAUGCAUGCUUCGCAUGGUACUUCUUUCAAUGAGGGAAGAAGAUAAUGGAGAAGACAGUAUGCUCAUGAGGAAUGUAGGCAUAGACGAUGGAAUGUCGGAAGGAUUGUAUCGCCAAGGAGGCAACAUCAUAUCCUUAGAUAACAGUGCUAGAAUGGCAGUGAGAAAACCACGGUCAGCUUUGUUGUGGAGUGUGCUUUCUCCUAUUCUGAACAUGCCAAUUUCUGAUUCGAAGAGACAAAGAGUUUUGGUAGCAUCUUGUGUUCUCUAUUCUGAGGUAUGGCAUGCUGUUGGGAGGGACAGAAAGCCACUUCGUAAACAGUAUCUUGAGGCCAUUGUACCACCUUUUGUUGCUGUUUUGAGGCGGUGGCGACCACUUUUGGCAGGAAUUCAUGAACUUGCUACUGCCGAUGGUUUGAAUCCUCUUACUGUUGAUGAUCGUGCAUUGGCUGCUGAUGCAUUGCCAUUAGAGGCAGCUCUUGCAAUGAUCUCUCCAGCUUGGGCUGCUGCUUUUGCAUCACCACCAGCUGCAAUGGCAUUGGCAAUGAUUGCUGCUGGCGCUAGUGGAGCAGAAACUCCGGCCCCCCCAACAACCACACAACUUAAACGUGACUCCUCAAUGCUUGAGCGUAAAACAACUAAGUUUCAAACAUUUUCAAGCUUUCAAAAACCUCUGGAGGUGCCUAACAAAUCACCAUCACUUCCAAAAGACAAGGCAGCUGCAAAAGCUGCUGCCUUAGCAGCUGCACGUGAUCUUGAACGCAGUGCAAAGAUUGGUUCUGGAAGAGGUCUCAGUGCCGUUGCAAUGGCUACUUCUGCACAGCGGAGGAAUGCUAGUGAUAUGGAGCGUGUGAAGAGAUGGAAUGCUUCUGAAGCCAUGGGAGUUGCAUGGAUGGAAUGUCUGCAACCAGUUGAUACAAAAUCUGUCUAUGGGAAAGAUUUUAAUGCUUUGUCCUAUAAAUUUAUUGCUGUCCUUGUUGCAAGUUUUGCUUUAGCAAGAAACAUUCAGCGGUCGGAGAUUGAUAGGCGCACACAAGUUGAUUUAGUUGCACGACAUCGGUUAUUUACUGGGAUUCGUGCAUGGCGCAAACUUAUCCAUUGCUUAAUAGAGAUGAAAUGUCUCUUUGGGCCAUCCGGGGACCAAAUUUCUAGUCAGGAACGUAUUUUCUGGAAGCUAGACUUUAUGGAAAGUUCUUCGAGAAUGAGACCAUGUUUGAGAAGGAAUUACAUAGGGACUGAUCAUUUUGGUGCUGCUGCUAAUUUUGAGGAUCAAAGUGAGGUGAAAAACAAUCAAGAGGAUGUCAUAAGCUCAUCUAAUGCUCCUAUUCUGGCAGCAGAAGCAAUCUCCACGGAAUUAAUGAAUGAAGAUGAUGAACAGGCAGAAAUUGAUCAUGUAGAUAACAGAUCCUAUGAAAAUGACCAAAGUGGGGAAGAUCAGCCAAGGCUGUCUGACAUAUCUGAGCAACCCUUGCAGAAAUCAGUGGAAUCCAUUGAUUCUAAACUUGCCAGUGAGCAAGACUUGGUCCAAAGUUCAUCAGCAGUUGCUCCUGGGUAUGUUCCUAGUGAACUUGAUGAGAGAAUUGUGUUUGAACUUCCUUCAUCUAUGGUUCGGCCACUGAAGGUUAUACGAGGAACCUUUCAAGUAACCACUAAGAAAAUAAAUUUUAUAGUUGAUAACACUGAAAGCAACAUAACCAUGGAUGGUUCGGAAGGCAACUCUGAAGUGAGAAAUGACGAAAAGGACCGUAGUUGGUUGAUGGCUUCUCUUCAUCAAAUGUAUAGCCGAAGAUAUCUCCUAAGAAGAAGUGCUCUUGAGCUGUUCAUGGUUGACCGUUCUACCUUCUUCUUUGAUUUCGGGAGUUCUGAGGGCCGAAGAAAUGCCUACCGAGCUAUCGUUCAAGCAAGACCUCCUCAUUUGAACAACAUUUAUCUUGCAACUCAGAGACCUGAACAACUCCUGAAAAGAACUCAACUAAUGGAGCGCUGGGCUAGGUGGGAGAUCAGCAAUUUUGAAUAUUUAAUGCAGCUAAAUACAUUGGCUGGGCGUAGUUAUAAUGACAUAACUCAGUAUCCAGUAUUUCCAUGGAUUCUUUCUGACAACAGUUCAAAGAGUUUGGAUCUUUCUGAUCCUUCAGCUUACCGGGAUCUUUCAAAGCCUGUUGGGGCAUUGAAUCCAGAUCGGCUGAAGAAAUUCCAAGAGAGAUAUGCUAGCUUCGAUGAUCCAGUUAUCCCCAAGUUCCAUUAUGGCUCACAUUAUUCAAGUGCUGGAACUGUGUUGUAUUAUCUUGUUAGAGUUGAGCCAUUUACAACUCUUUCAAUUCAGCUGCAAGGUGGAAAAUUUGAUCAUGCAGACCGGAUGUUUUCAGAUGUUGCUGCUACUUGGAACGGAGUUCUUGAGGACAUGAGUGAUGUGAAGGAAUUGGUUCCUGAGCUGUUCUACCUUCCUGAGAUGUUAACCAAUGAAAAUUCAAUUGACUUCGGAACAACACAAUUAGGAGGAAAGCUUGGUUCUGUCAAACUCCCACCAUGGGCUCAAAACCCGGUUGAUUUCAUUCAUAAACAUCGGAUGGCUCUUGAGAGUGAGCAUGUGUCUGCGCAUUUGCAUGAAUGGAUUGACCUCAUAUUUGGGUAUAAGCAACGAGGCAAAGAAGCUAUAUUGGCAAAUAAUAUGUUCUUUUACAUUACUUAUGAAGGGACAGUUGAUAUUGAUAAGAUCUCUGAUCCAGUACAACAGCGUGCUACACAAGACCAGAUUGCUUAUUUUGGACAAACUCCAUCCCAACUUCUUACCGUCCCUCACAUGAAGAAGAUGCCACUUUCAGAGGUUCUUCAUUUGCAGACAAUCUUUCGGAAUCCAAGAGAAAUCAAACCAUAUGCUGUCCCAGGCCCUGAACGCUGCAAUUUGCCAGCAGCAGCUAUUCAUGCGUCUUCAGAUGCUAUCAUAAUAGUUGACACAAAUGCGCCAGCAGCUCAUAUUGCACAGCACAAGUGGCAGCCAAACACUCCCGAUGGCCAGGGAACACCAUUUUUAUUUCAACAUGGAAAGUCAAUAACAAGCUCUGCUGGUGGAGCACUUAUAAGAAUGUUCAAAGGGCCAGCUGGCCCUGGUACUGAUGAGUGGCAGUUUCCCCAGGCACUAGCAUUUGCUUCUUCUGGGAUCAGAAGCUCAUCUAUUGUUUCCAUCACAAGUGAUAAAGAAAUUAUCACAGGUGGACAUGCGGAUAACAGUAUCAAGCUACUGUCAUCUGAUGGAGCAAAGACACUUGAAACGGCUUUUGGACACUGUGCUCCUGUCACUUGCCUUGCUCUAUCAUCAGAUAGCAACUAUCUUGUGACAGGAUCCCGGGACACUACUGUAUUACUAUGGAGGAUUCAUAGGGCAUUCACAUCCCGCUCAAGCAGCACAUCAGAACCAACUGCUGGCACUGGCACACCAACCUCAACUAGUAGUGGUACUUUAGCUAACAUCUUGGCAGACAAAAGCAGGAAGCGACGCAUAGAAGGUCCCAUACAUGUGCUUCGGGGUCACCACAGGGAAAUUCUUUGUUGCUGUGUCAGUUCAGAUCUAGGUAUUGUUGUUUCUUGUGGCCAUUCCUCAGAUGUUCUCUUGCAUUCUACAAGAAGGGGUCGUUUGAUGAGACAGUUUGUGGGUGUGGAAGCUGAUGCUGUCUGCCUUUCAUCUGAGGGAAUCGUUUUAACCUGGAACCAAUUUCAACAUACUCUUAGCACAUUCACUCUCAAUGGGGUUCUGAUUGCAAGAGCAGAACUUCCUUCCUUGGGUGGUGUCAGUUGCAUGGAAAUUUCUGUGGAUGGUGAGAGUGCUUUAAUUGGAAUGAACUCAUCUUUGGGCAACAAUGGAGUGUGCAAUAGCAACCAAGACUUGAGUUUUAAAAAACCUGUGAUUGAUAACUUGGAUCUUGAGUCAGAAGAAACCAACGAAAGCAACAGAUUGGAUAUUCCAUCACCCUCAAUUUGCUUUUUGAAUCUGCAUACUCUGAAGGUGUUUCAUGUGUUGAAACUGGGAGAAAGACAGGAUAUUACAGCUCUUGCUUUGAACAAGGAUAACACGAAUCUUCUAGUGUCGACUGCAGAUAAGCAGUUGAUAAUUUUCACGGAUCCAGCUUUGAGUUUGAAAGUGGUGGAUCAGAUGCUUAAGCUUGGCUGGGAAGGUGAAGGGCUCAGCCCUCUUAUAAAGUCAUAGUGUUCGGCCAUUGAAUUUUGAUUGGUUUGAGAAUGACUAUAGAAGAUGCACCAUAGACUCCACGAGGGUCGAUGCUAUAAAGAGCCUGGCGUCUGCCUUGAGUAAGAGAAGAAUUCAAGUCAAUAACAUGACUAACGACGCCAGCUGCCUUCGUGUAUGUAAAAUAUGUAUGUAUUCACAAGUGGGAACAACCCUAUAUGUGAUUGACAGCGGGGUUGUUAGGCAGAUUCUUUUAUUUGAUUAGUGGUAAGUUUCUUACCAUUGAGAUUGAUGAACUAUACUCCGAGGCUUGAGAUCUUCAUUUUUGCUUUUGGAUAAAAUAGAGAAUGAAAAUAGGACAAGCUAUUUUGUUUCCUAUCUUUUGUGUAUGUAUAAUUGGACUGAGCACAUUAGCUCUUUCUUCCUCA